AUGGUGGAAUCCGAACAUGGGAGCAAACAGGAAGGAUGUCAGAAGGACGAUCCGCCUCCUUAUUAUUAUGAAACCGACGAAAGAGACACAUAUUUCUCUGAUGAUAAAAUUAUCAUUCCCGAUGAUGAUGGCAAAAAAUUCAGUUUUAAGAAACUAUGGGCGUUCACGGGACCGGGUUUCUUAAUGUCCAUAGCAUAUUUGGAUCCCGGUAACAUAGAAAGCGACCUUCAAUCCGGCACGAUAGGAAAUUACAGGCUCCUUUGGGUGCUUUUCAGUGCCACAAUGUUAGGAUUUUUAAUGCAAACUUUAGCCACAAAAUUAGGCGUUGUAACAGGUCUACAUUUAGCCGAAAUGUGCCAUAAGCAGUACAAAAAGGUCCCGCGAUUAAUUUUAUGGAUCAUGAUCGAGAUAGCAGUUAUUGGUUCAGAUAUGCAAGAAGUUAUCGGUACUGCAAUCGCUUUAUAUUUACUCUCCAAUAAACUAAUACCCUUAUGGUUGGGCUGCUUGAUAACAAUAUUCGACACGUUCACCUUCCUCUUCUUGGACAAAUACGGGCUGAGGAAACUGGAAUUGCUGUUCGGCGUGCUGAUAACCGUCAUGGGAGUGACCUUCGGGUACGAGUACUUCGUGGCCCAGCCUCCGGCCCUCGAAGUCACCAAAGGCCUGUUCCUCCCCAUGUGCAAGGACUGCGACUACAAGGUCCUGCAGCAGGCGGUGGGCAUCAUCGGCGCUGUUAUAAUGCCGCACAAUUUGUACCUGCACUCGGCGCUGGUGAAGAGCCGCGACAUAAACCGAUCGAAGCCCAACAAAAUAAGGGAGGCGAACAUGUAUUACUACAUAGAGAGCGGGGUGGCUUUGCUGUGCAGUUUGGUCAUCAAUGUGUUCGUGGUGUCCGUGUUCGCUUUCGGGUUGUUCGAAACCACCAACGGGGAUUUGCUGCAGAAGUGCCAGCGUACCGACAACGAUUAUUUGAUGAGUGUAGCUAAGGAGGAAUUCGGAGUACAAAAUGCAACCGAGUUUGUGGAAGCUGAUAUAUACAAAGGAGGGAUAUUUCUGGGGUGCACUUUCGGUAUAUCCGCCAUGUAUAUUUGGGCGGUGGGUAUACUAGCUGCGGGACAAAGUUCCACGAUGACCGGUACCUACGCUGGGCAGUUUGCUAUGGAAGGGUUCUUGGAUUUGAAAUGGCCGAGAUGGAAGAGGGUUCUUUUGACUAGGUCCAUAGCUAUGGUACCCACUUUCUGUACUGCGUUUUUCACUUCUUUAGCGGACCUUAGCAAACUGAAUGAUUACAUGAACGCGGUCAUGAGCCUGCAGUUACCCUUCGCUCUUAUUCCUACCAUCGCUUUCACCUGCAACAAGCAGAUUAUGGGGGAAUUCGUGAACGGAUUCGUAUUUAAUAUUAUAUCGAUUUUGCUGUCAGCGGUGGUCAUAUCGAUAAAUAUUUAUUUCGUGUCGCAACAAAUAAUGGAAUUCGAAUUGUCGCCGUACGCUCUCGCAGUUAUUGGCAUAAUCGCGGUGUUCUAUUUCGCUUUCAUAUUUUAUUUGGCCUCUCACCUGUACUUCGGUUUUAGAGGUAGCACUAACGAGCAUCCGAUUAUACAAAAAUUCAUCAUGAACCCCAUCAAAACCGUACCCGCGAUAACCAUAACAUCUCCAUAA